AUGAAUACAACUCCCAUUGGAUAUGAAGAAAAUGAUCAGAAUGAAACAGAAGCAAUUUCGUCCUCCGUUCCCUAUAGCGAGGCAACUGGAUGUCUUACAUAUCUCUCAAUAGCAACUCGCACAGGCACAAGUUUUGCAGUCAAUAAAGCUGCUCCAGCUAUGAGGAAACCAACUGCUUCAGACUGGAACCGAGUUAAACACACAUUUUGGUAUCUGAAAGGUACAUUAAAUGAUUGCAUUAUCUAUGACAGAGAAGAAAAUCUGAGAAUUUACAGUGAUGCUGAUUUUGCUGGAGACAGACAGACAAGACGUUCAACAACUGGUAUUGUGGCAAAGUACCAUGGAGGGGCAAUAUAA